AUGUUGGUGUCGCCGACGGCCGCUGCAACCUCCAUUGAACAGCAAACUAUUCGCGAUCUCAGAUCGAUCCUGCCACAAAUCGAAAAUCUCAACGAUGGAUAUGUGCUUCGUUGGCUUCGUGCAAAAGGUGGACGAUUUGACGAAACAGCAGAGAGUCUAAGAAAACAUGUCACAUUCCGAACAGCAUGGCAUUUGGAUAAAAUUCAUCAGUGGACACCUCCAGAAUGCCUCGAAAAAUAUUGUGGAUAUGGAUUGCUGGGUGAUACUGAAGGACGUCCAAUUCUGAUGUCUUUGCUGGGUAAUGUAGAUGUCGAAGGGCUGUUGAGAUCUGUUGCAUCGUUGGAUUAUAUCAAGUUCUCAUUGGCUGCAAUUGAAAAAGGAAUGAAACUUUGUGAGCAGAAAGCUUUGGAGUCUGGCCGCCCGUUUGAACAAAUGACAUUGGUAUUCGAUUUGGAAAACAUCACCUCCGCUCACUUUUCAUGCAAACAGUUCGCUUCGUCUUUCACCACACUCGUCAGUCUGUUCCAGGAUCAUUAUCCUAUGGUUUUGAGGAAAAUUCUGAUCAUCAGGGCACCGGAAAUGGCACGAAUUGCUUACGCAUCCAUCACUGCAAUUCUACAGGAUCCCAUCACUCGUCUCGUGGAAAUGCCGUCUGAAAGUAACGCUCUCGUCCUCCGACCGGAUCAUGAAUCAGAAAAACUAGUGCAUGGAAUCUCGGAAAUCGUCAAAAACCUUUUGCUAGGGCGGAAAGAUCGACAAUUGGAAGUUGCUUGUACGCCGAGAAAAUCACCGGCUCUCAAUGUUUUUUUAAAUUAA